AUGGAAUCACACACCGGCCUGCGCAACACUGGGUAUAACUCGACGAGAUGCCGCCGCCUGCCACCGGAAAUAUGGAUGAUUAUCUUCUCUUUUGGCGCCUUCGACCAACAUGGCACCUUCUGGAGCAUCUACGAUCCUUCCACCUUGGCCAGUCUUUGCCGCUCUUGCACUCUGUUCCGUGACCUGGCCACUCCCAUGCUAUACCGGAACUUCGACUCUCGUGUCUUCACCGACCAGUGGCAUUAUUUCAGUGUCGCCAAGUUUACCCGAACAAUCUGUACAAUCCCACGUCUGGCCUCCUUUGUCCGCAAGGUAAAUAUCCAGGGAGCAUGCGAUAUGUUUGGACAGACACAGGUGAAGUGUCUGAACGACCCAAAGCAUCCCAUGGCGUCAAUCCUGAUCAGCAAGGCGGCCGAACUGAACAUGGAGCUCAAAUAUUUCAAGGAGUAUACGGACAGAAAUGGCUGGAAAAUAGGCUUUGACCUGGUGGCACUUGUCCUGGCUUACCUGCCCUUGAUCGACACCCUCAACCUCGACUGGUUUGAUACCAGCAUAAUAGACGUCAUGCCGCGGCCGCAAUCCGGAUGGCCUUGGAGACAUACCCGUAAGGAAAAUCUCAAACUCUGCUUGCGUGCUGCCCGAUUUGCCGCACUGUUUGAAAUUCGAAAUAUGUGGCUGAAGCCCUGCAGCCAUGUGGAACCGCCUUAUCGUCACCUGGUGCCGUCUCCUUCAGCUCGGUACACUUUAAGUCGGGUCCUGCCUCUCCUUGAAAGCGCGGAAGGACUCACGAGGCUAUCCAUCUUCGGCAGCACAGGCACACCCAUGGCAUCUCCGUUCGAGAACUUGCAUGAAGCCACCCUCUGCCGCUGCGAAUUUGCGGCUCGAGACCUUCGAAAACUCCUUAAACGCUGUACACGCCUUCGCAAAUUCGUAUACAUGCCUGCUCCGGUAGGCUGGAAGUCCGCCCCAGGGGCCAAAGCGCGAGAUGUCAUCGAGGCUCUCGAGCCUGCACGCAGCACCCUUGAAGUCCUCGGCAUAGACUUUCGCCUGUUGAUUGGCCCCCGAGGGAGGAGGAUCUCGUCCCUCCAAUCAUUUCCCGCCCUAAAAACGUUAUACGUCGACCUGGCCUGUGUCUGGGACUGGGAAGCGGGUGCCGUCACGAGAUCCUCGCCCCGCCCAGACGAGCUCUUCACGAGCCUGCUGCCCGAGUCGAUCCAAACGGUCGCUCUGUUCGGAACAAAUCCUGAUGCUGAGGUUUUUGGGUUUGAGCUUGAAGCUCACGUGAAGAGACUGGCCUCGGACAUAUGGGAGAGAGGGAGGUUCCAGCAACUGCGACUGCUUCGUCCUCAAGGAUUUUGGCCAUUCGGGUACGGUCAGAAUGAGAACCCACAGCUCGACGACGCAUGUGUACGCCGUAUCGCCACGUUGGAUGGAGCAAACAUAAUUUUAAGCGACAGCGGAGUGGAGCUCAUCUGCGAUGAAGAAAGCGACUCCGAUCUGCAAUUUCAAAAUAUCAUGUGGUUGCUUUAA